UGGAGGUGCGCCCACGUGACCCCCUCCGCCCGCUUGCGGAGCCGGAAGAGGGAGAACCAGCUUUCGCGCACGCGCACAACACCUCCCACUUUCCGGCUAGGCUUUGCUUUUGCCCCAGAGCCCCUCACUCCGGGCCGCGUGCGUGCCCGCAUGCGUGCGUGAGUGAGUGCGUGCCACCCGGCCCGAAUCCCUUGCCCUAGCGGACCCACUCUUGCCGCCUCCAUCCCCGCAGGUUUCCUUCUAGCCGAUUGCUCCCUUCACGCGUGUGGGCGCGCCAUGUGCUCCCUAGCAACGGGCGUCACCGGCGUCAGGCCCCGGCUGCAGGAGGCUGAGGAGGAGGAGGAGGAGGUGCCCGGCUUGUCGGACAGCGGAGACGAGGUGGCCUGGGAGGAUGAGGAGGAAGAGGAGGAGGCGGAGCCGCCCCGAGACAAACAGCAGACCCCCUGCCUGUUCUGUGACAGGUUAUUCACUUCUGCUGAAGACACAUUUUCUCACUGUAAAUCUGAACAUCAGUUUGAUAUUGACAACAUGGUCCAUAAACAUGGGCUUGAAUUUUAUGGAUACAUUAAACUAAUAAAUUUCAUCAGACUUAAGAAUCCAACCUCAGAGUAUUUGAAUUCCUUAUGCAAUCCAGUGCCUUGGGAGAAAGAGGAGUAUUUGAAACCAGUAUUAGAAGAUGACCUUUUACUUCAAUUUGAUGUAGAAGAUCUUUAUGAACCAGUGACAGUCCCAUUCUCAUACCCUAAUGGGCUUAGUGACAACACAUCUGUUCUUGAGCGGUUGAAGCACAUGGAAGCCAGAGCACAGUCUGCUGAAGCAGCAUUAGCUAGAGCCCGGGAAGACCUUCAGAGAAUGAAACAGUUUGCGCAGGAUUUCGUGAUGAACGCAGAUGUCAGAACCAACUCGUCAUCCACCACUACCAUUGCGGACCUUAACGAGGAUGAGGAUGGUGUUUAUUUCAGCUCAUAUGGGCAUUAUGGGAUACAUGAAGAGAUGCUAAAGGAUAAAGUACGAACAGAAAGCUAUCGAGACUUUAUAUACCAAAAUCCACACAUUUUUAAAGAUAAGGUAGUUUUGGAUGUUGGUUGUGGAACUGGAAUUCUCUCUAUGUUUGCAGCUAAAGCUGGUGCUAAACAGGUCAUUGGAGUUGAUCAAUCAGAAAUAAUUUAUCAGGCAAUGGAUAUCAUAAGGCUAAAUAAACUUGAAGGUAUCAUUACACUAGUCAAAGGAAGAAUUGAAGAAGUUGAUCUUCCUGUUGAAAAAGUAGAUGUUAUCAUAUCAGAGUGGAUGGGCUAUUUUCUCCUCUUUGAGUCUAUGUUGGAUUCUGUCAUUUAUGCAAAGGACAAAUACCUGGCAAAGGGAGGAUCAGUCUACCCGGACAUUUGCUCAAUUAGCUUACUGGCUGUGGGAGAUCCAAACAAACAUGCAGAUAGGAUUGCUUUCUGGGAUGAUGUAUAUGGGUUCAACAUGUCUUGCAUGAAGAAAGCAGUUAUUCCAGAAGCUAUUGUGGAAGUUUUGGACCCAAAGACAAUCAUUUCAGAACCAUGUGGCAUUAAGCGUAUAGAUUGUCAUGCUGCAUGUGUUCGUGAUCUCGAGUUUUCUUCAGAUUUCACUCUGAAAAUCACAAAACUGUCCAUGUGUACGGCAAUUGCUGGCUACUUUGAUAUCUUUUUUGAGAAGAACUGCCACAAAAAAGUUUUAUUCUCUACUGGUCCCCACACUACCCAAACCCACUGGAAGCAAACAAUAUUUCUACUUGAGAAGCCAUUUUCUGUUAAAGCAGGUGAGGCCUUAAAAGGAAAGAUAACCAUUCAAAAGAACAGGAAGGAUCCACGUUCUCUCAUCGUUACUCUUAAAUUGAAUAACUUAACUCAGACCUAUAGCCUUCAGUGAAAAAGUUGUUCUUUGUAUACAAAGCUAAGUGAAGACACCUUGGAUGAAGAAACAUGGUGCAGGAAACUUCUUCUGGUUGAUGGGUUCUUCACUAGUGAGUCUUAUGAAUAAGAGAAAGGGUUGAGAGAUGUUCCACACAAACACCAACUGAUUGAUUUCUAAAAGGAGAUCUUUAUAAUCACGUAUUCUAAAUCUGACAGCAAACUUAUCAAACUGCAGCCUGAUAUAUUUCCUGUGCUGUGAAAAAACUGAAAGUCAAAACUAAAUGUAUUUGGGGAAAAACAUGUCCGUUUUCGUCAUAUAACUUGAAAACUGAUUAGGAGAAAUAUUUUAGUGGCCCGGUUUAAUUGAUCCUGUUAUGAAAUGGCCCUUGGGGUCAUCAUCUUAUGUCUCUAUUUUGUGAGUCCUCUCUUUGGAUAUCCUUUCAAUACAACCUCGUAUAUGUAAUGCUAGAAGCUGUAGCUUCUACUAUCCAAACUAUCUUCAAAGACAAGUCCGUAUAUAUUAUCGUUUGCUAACUUAGAGACUUUUUUCAAAUUAAAUUAUGUGCUUGUAACAAUUGUAAAGUGUGGUUAAUAUUAGGUAACAUUUUACAUUCUAAAAUUGUACUAUUUGCAAUUAUUGCCUCAGGUUGAAAGAAGAAUGUGGCAAACAUUCGUUUAAAUAUAUGUGAUGCUAUAGUCAAUUCUUUAAAGAGGGUCCUACAAAGUAGCCCCUUUAACAAAACAAAUUUUAAGGUCAUGUGUCAUGCCUUGCAGAUAAACAGAUGGAUUUUUUUUCAGAACUAAGUAUGUUGGAAGUAUUAUUAUAACAUGGUUCUACCAAAGAAAAUUCCUUUCUUUUAGGUGAAACUUGGGGACUCUCAGCUCCAGCUCCAACUAAUUGCCCCUAUCUACUGUGUGCUAUCCCAAUAAUAUAAGUAGAAAUCACUGUUCCUGAGAUGAAGAGAAAUUGUGUUCUCUCCAUUAGACUUAAAUAGAAAAAAAAAUCAUCAUCAUAGCUUUUAAACUAAGAGCAAAGCUUCCCCUCAGCCAUCACUCCUAUCAAUAUUACAGAUUUUUAAUGACAACAGAGAAGUUACACUCCUUCAAAUGGUAUGGUUAAGAUAAUAAUUCAGAUACUCAUUCAUCCCCACAUUACACUUCAAUUUUACUGGUGCUAAACUUCAGCCAGUUUCCUUGUCUCAAAAUUUAUCUUACUCAGUUUCAGGAUAUAGCAAUAAAUCUUAGCGUAAGAACUGAAAAUAGUGAGACCCAAAAUGAUAAUGAUGAUGAUGGUGAUUAUGACUACCUGAAAUGCUUAAGAAUUUCUUUUCAGUUGUCUCAUGUUGAUCCAAACAGGCUGAUAGAGUCUGAUAGGUUACCACAAGUGGAGAACUCAACGAACACCAUCUGGAGUCUUUUCUAGAAGGAAAGGGCCCAAUUGGGCCAAAAAAAUGACAUCUCUUCCUUCCAUAGAAGAAUACUUUGUUAUUGAGUUUAUAGCUAAGAAUUACUGUACCCUUCCCAAACAGUGUUAAAAUGAUACGCUGCCUUUUAAAAAGACACAUUGGAGAAAUAGGAAUUUGACAUUAACACUAAACACAAUCUCAAAAUGUAGUGAAAUUUCAGAAUGGACCCUGUUAGAAAGCCACGUGUGACAGUAAGUAGAACUAUUUAAAGAAAGUUUUCUUUCUACAAAACUCAGCUCUGUUUGCAUGGUCCAAUCAGAUGUCCUUCUUUUGGUCUUUAUUUAGAUAGAAGCCAUAAUUAUUAGAAAUUAUUUUCAUGCUUGUCAAAAACUACCAUCCCAGGGGGGGAAAAUCAUGUAUCUCUAACAAAGCUGUAACUAGAACAGGGUUAUUUGUACCAACAGCUCCUGCCAGGUAGGUAGGAAUGAUGUACAAGCUAGAUGGGCACCAAUAUCCAGGACUGUACUUUCCUUCCUGCCAAUGCUCCAGAUUUCCCUCUCAGGAUAUUGGCUCCCCUGUGGCAGCAACACAACUAUCCCACCUUCCUUGCAUGGCCCUAAAAAGUCUUGUUACCGGCGUGCCCCUGCCUGGCCUUCUCCCUGCCGCUGUGGCCAGGAUUGGCCACCAUCCCCUCAUUCCUAUCUCUCUUCUUUUAGAUCUUGGGGAACCUGGAUUGGUCUAAUGUAUCCCGGGGGUAUUGGCAAUACUCUUUGGAAAAGGAGUUACCCCUUAUCCUCGCCCUGAAUUGAAUUUGCUUUGAAUGCUAGAAAGGCUAGUUGCUAGCUCUGUCUUCUAAACCCAUGAUGUCCAAGUCAAAUAGAAAUGUGGGCCACUAAGCUGUACAUAAGGAUCUCUGUGGGCCACAUAUUGACUUAGAAAACCACACGUGUUUAUGUAUUUUAUUAAUGCAGCAACAUAUUAAAAUCAAAGAAACUACAUUUUAAUCUGGUUCUUGUUAUACUCAAAAGGGUUAUGGGCUGUGUGUUUGACCCCUCUACUCAAAAGCUGUUUUGUCAUAUGUUCAUCUUAAAUUGCCCAGUUUGGGAAUAAAAUGUCUUUCCUUAAAAUUCUCUGUGAAAAAUAAACAUACACACACUUUGACAA